AUGAAAGGUGGAAACACUCAAUCCUGCUCUCUUCCAGCCAUUCUUCCUGAAGCUUUCACCUUCUCAUUUCGCUCCCAUCCAGCUGUAAGAUCAAGUUCAUUGGAAUUUCUAAGCAAAUCCGGGUUCUUAAAAUUAGCUAUAUCAAUCCAUGAUGUCUUGAUUAAAAGUUCUGAGUUGGUUUUAGCAAAUGUAGAUGGUAAUGCUGAUGAGGUUGAGGAUAGUAGUAGUGAUGAUGAUUAUACAUAUGAUGAGGAAAUUAGGUUGAUAUUAGAUAAGGAGGUUGAUGAGCAAAACAACACAGACAUGAUCAGUGUGUAUUGCUACAACAGAUGCGAUUGCAUGAAAUUGAAAGGUAGAAUUGUGAACUCUGAGAAAUACAUAGAUGAUUGGAGGGACAAUCCAACUUGGGAAUUAAAGGCAUUUAAGAAACGGGUUAAUAGAGAGUUAGGUUGUGAAGUGAAGUAUUCUAAGUGUUACAUGGUUAAAAGAAUUGCAAUGAAAAUGCUAUAUGGUGAUGCUAGUGAAGAGUAUAGCAGGGUUUGGGAUUAUGCGGAAGCAAUAAGGACGUUUAAUCCAGGAAGCACAACAAUCGUUAAAUGCAUUGGAAUAGACACACCCCCACCUUUGUUCCAAAGGAUGUAUAUAUGCUUGACAGCGUGUAAGGAGGGGUUUGUAGCUGGCUGUAGGCCUAUUAUAGGUGUUGAUGGGGCACAUCUGAAGGGAAUUUUCCCUGGGGUUUUGUUGACUGCUGUUGGUAAAGAUGGGAACAAUAAUAUCUUUCCCAUUGCAUGGGCUGUGGUUGAAACUGAAAAUGUAGAAACAUGGAUUUGGUUUCUAAAUCUUCUGAUGGAAGACCUUAGGUCGGUAACUGCAUCGAGUAGUUGGGUUCAAGCAGAAGGUGAAGCUUUCACCUUCAUGAGCGAUAGGCAAAAGGGUUUGGUUGAAGCUUUGAACUCAGUGGUUCCUGAAUGUGAAAUUAGGUUCUGCUGUAGACAUAUAUGGGCGAACUUCAAGAUCAAGUUCCCUGGAGAGUUGUUCAAACAACACUUUUGGAGUGCAGCCAGAGCCUACAACAAGAAUCAUUUUGAUAGAGAAAUGAAUGUAAUAAAGAAUAUUUCUAUUGACGCAUAUGCAUAUCUAGCUGCUAUUCCUGCAAAACAUUGGGCUAGGCAUGCUUUUUGUAGUAGGAGUAAGUCUGGGAUGUUAUUGAACAAUAUUUGUGAGGCAUUCAACAAUGUGUUAGUAGAAGCAAGGGCGAAGCCUAUAAUUUCUCUAAUGGAGUGGAUUAGGAGAUAUGUAAUGCAACGAAGCGCAGCCAAAAGGGAAGGGUUGAGUAACUUUCAAGGUGAGUUGAUGCCAGCUAUCACUAAAAUUAUUGAAAAAAAUGCAAAAGAAAUAUAUGGUUUAAGGGUAAUCCCAGUGGAUGUGUAUGAGUUUGAGGUGGAUGAUAUUGAAGACUGUUACGUUGUAAACUUGGCCAAUAGAACUUGCCAUUGUGGAAGUUGGGACCUUAUAGGGAUUCCUUGCAAACAUGCCGUUGCUUGUAUUGUGCUUAGAAAAUUAGAUGCCAAAGACUUUGUCCACGAGGCGUAUCUCGUAGAAACGUAUCGAAAAACGUAUAGUCCAAAGUUUUAUGGUAUGCCAGGACACAAAAUGUGGCCAACAACCACUUUAGCCAAACCACUUCCUCCACCAUAUAGAAAGAUGCCUGGAAGGCCUAACAAGAGGAAAAGAAAGAAGGAAGUUGGUGAAGGUAAAGGAGGAAAGAAGGCUGCAUGUGCUAUUAAAGAAUUCAAGCAACGGAGAUGUGGUAAUUGCGGUGAAGUUGGUCACUACAAAAAGGGCUGCAAAAAUCAACCUAAACCACCACCAACAAAGACCAAGUCAAAAGGUGGAAGGCCUAAAAUGGGAUCUUCUUCUACUCAACAAUCUACAACGAAUGAUGUGCCUAGCUCCAGUGGUCAACAACAAACGCAGUUAAAUGCAUCUACUUCAUGUGUAAUGGAUCAAAAUAGUCAAAUAUAGACUUGUACUAUGUUGAAUUAAGU